AUGGUGUCGUACGAGACUAUUGAGAAGGAAGAAGUCACUCUGGAGGCCGAGGGUCAGCAGUUCGUUGAGCACGGCAGCCACGAGGCUCGCGUCUUCGAGGCCCUCCGUCAAGCGGUUGAUGGUCUGAGCGUGGUCGAUCUUGAGAAGGCCAUCGGCGACAAGGCCGUGACCAAGAAUGGACAAGGCAAGGCCUUCAAGGAGAAGUGGAUUUCCAAGAGCAAGGACGGCAAGCUGGUUGCCACCGCCGACUCGAUUCAGGAUGUCACGCGGGAGCAGCUGAAGCAGAUCCAGGACACGAAAACGCACGACGCCAAAAUUGUCACGGAGCUCAAGAAGCGCAAGCUCGUCAAGACGCAAAAGGUCAUCAGCUUCAAGAUCACCAAGGGCGCCGAGUUCGCGCUCGAGAUCAAGAAGGAGGAGACGGACCUGACGGCCGACAUGAUCGCGUCCGGCGCUUGGAAGACGGCCGACUUCAAGCCUUACAACUUCAAGGCCCUCGGCGCGGACCAAAACUCGGGCGCCCUGCACCCGUUGAAUAAGGUCCGCCACGAGUUCCGCCAGAUUUUCUUCGAGAUGGGCUUCGAGGAGAUGCCGACCAACAAGUACGUCGAGUCGGGCUUCUGGAACUUUGACGCCCUCUUCGUGCCCCAGCAGCACCCGGCCCGCGAUCUCCAGGAUACUUUCUACAUCUCAGACCCCAAGGUCGCCGGCCGACCUGGUCCUGAAUCGGAGGACGACAAGAAGGACUACGAGACGUACUGGGAGAACGUCAAGCAGGUGCACCAGGAUGGCAAGUACGGUUCAAUAGGGUACCGUUACCCCUGGGAGGCGGAUGAGUCACUCAAGCUCGUCCUCCGCACACACACGACCUCUGUGUCGACAGCGAUGCUGCACAAGCUGGCGGGCCUGAAGGGUCCCGACGGGCGCCCGCCCCCAGCGCGCUACUUCUCCAUUGAUCGGGUGUUCCGUAACGAGAGCGUCGACGCGACACAUCUGGCCGAGUUCCAUCAGGUCGAGGGUGUCAUUGCUGACUACGGCCUGACGCUGGGUGGUCUCAUGGAGUUCAUGGAGAUCUUCUUCAACAAGAUGGGCAUUACGGACCUCAAGUUCAAGCCCGCGUACAACCCGUACACGGAGCCGAGCAUGGAAAUCUUCAGCUUCCACAAGGGCCUCAACAAGCUCGUCGAGAUUGGCAACAGUGGCAUGUUCCGACCGGAGAUGCUCGAGUCGAUGGGUCUGCCAAAGGAUAUGCGGGUGUACGGCUGGGGCCUGAGUCUGGAGAGGCCGACGAUGAUCAAGUACGGCAUCUCGAACAUUCGCGAGCUGCUGGGCCACAAGGUCGAUCUCAACUUCAUCGAGAGGAACGCCGCGGUCCGCCUGGACAAGAACUAG